AUGAGGGUGCGGGACCAGCAACAGUCCCCGAAGCUACUCCUCGAGCCUGCCAGCAGCCCAAUACCUUACCCAGUUCAUAGGAACGGCACGGACGGGCUCAGCCUUAUCUUUGACGGCGCCCACACCAUACAUGAGGCUGAGAAGCAAACAAUAGGUGCGGCGUGUAGACUCGCACCUACGUGUGCUUCGGCAAGUAGCCUUGAAGACAGAGUAGACAAACACGCCUGUUCCCCUGAGCUCUCGCCGGUUGGUCAUUAUCGGUCAUCUUCGACCAACUUCGACCAAUGCAACCCACGAUUUGUCAUGGAACUAGAUCGAGGCGAAGGCGCUUGGGAGCGGUUGAAAAUAGCGCAAAUUGACCGGGCAAAACUAGACGCAGCUGACCACUACGUUGAGGCAUUUCCGACAUUAUGCCGCACUUUCAGGUUCGGGCGAGUUGCUGACAGAGCACACAACCCAAUCACAUUUGCCGCAUUCCCGAGCGUUGUAGCGCUUCAACGUUUCUUUAUCGCCCGCUUACGUAGGCAGCCAAACAAGAAGAGCCAAUUAACUGUCUGUCGCAUUUGCGGGAGCAUGCUCGGGCGACGCUUGCCGUUCGGGCCUGUCACGGCUCAUGCGAUGUUGCACAUGACCUCAUCCAUCAUAAACAUGUCACCACGUUCAACCGCCAGGCUCUCAUUUCACUGCAACCCAUUCAAUCAGUACCAUGUCCAAGGAGCCACUCCUCCUACAAUAUCGUCAUUGGCUGUUGAUCUAGCGAAGAAGAGAUUGAAAGACGAGAUGGCACAAGUCGACACCAACCCCGAUCUUCCGCCAGACUAUGCGGUGGAUGCUGGUACAGUCUCAGAGAAUUUGCCGCCAGAUACACUCCGGCUGGCUGGCCGAUUUGUCCAUUCCGCCAACACCCGGAAUGCGGAUGCGCCGGGAAUUUUCGAGAUCAACCACCAAAUAGACUUCUUACGAGAAACCGAUAGACUUGUGGAGUUCAGCCGCAUCGACUACAGUAUCAAGAAAAGGCCUGAUGAGUCGAACCGUCUGCCCGAAAUUGUCUCCAACUCGAGGCACAUCUUCAAUUUGGAGCGCCCACCUGCCAUUCUCCAGGAGACCUUCCCGUACUACAUCAAACCAACAUCUCGGAGUGGUUUGGGUAGCAUCGGGCUCAAGUUUUUGAAGAUUGGCAAGAGCGAAUGCAAGGCCUGGCUGGUGGGCCGGCGGAAGGCGAGUGACAGGACCGAGUAUUACGAGGCGCGAGAGCUACUGUUCGACGUUCGCCGCAACAACCAAGUUUUCGACUGGCUUGACGGUAAUGGAACAAGAUUGGCAGUUGAGGAGUCCAACAGCGGCAUGUACAGUCUCAACAUUCUGGUCUCCCUGGACCGGGCGAUGCGUGAUGCUCUGGCGGCCGUGUGGUGUACCAGGCUUUGGUAUUUGAGAGCUGUAUUGUUCCAUAAGAAACGUACCUGGAAAGACAACUUGGGGCCAAAGGGUGAACUCGGGGCGUGGCUUUUCAACUUUAUCGGAUCCGAAGCUCUGGAUAGCGGAAACGGACCCGCCUUUCGAAUCGGGGCUGCCGACGCCGAUGCCGGGGCCACUCCUUCCAGGUCCCACGUCACCGGAGUUCUUCCGGCAAAAUUUGCAACGGGAAGGCGCUUGGGAAAAGCGCGCCUACCAUGCCUAGACUUGUGGUCUGACAUCAUCGGCGGCAUUCAAGAAACUGCAUUCAACCACAUUCACGCGGCGGCAUUCGUAGCUUACCACUACCACCAGUCAUCUCCCCGGUUGCGAACAGAACACCUGCCGCUGUCAAAUUCACCCCACCUAUCGUCUACACUACUCUCAACACCACCACCUCAUCUCACCGUUCUCCCCGAUAGACGGCAUCACCCAGCAACCAAAAUGGACGGACCAUAUGCUCGAGAAUUGGCAACUGCCAUUGCCGCCAUACAACACGGCGCCAAGCUUAGCCGCCGUGUUCUCGUCAAAGAUGACAAGGGCGUCGUGACAAAAGAGGAUCUCAGCCCAGUCACCGUUGCCGACUUCGCCAUCCAGGCCCUACUGACGAGCACACUGCACGCCGCCUUUCCCAACGAUAAAUUUGUCGGCGAGGAGUCCGCCGCUGACCUCCGCGAGAAUCCCAAGCUCCUCGAGUCUGUAUGGGCGCUGCUGCAGCAGGUCGAGAACGACAAGACCGCCGACUCAUUAUGCAAGCUGCCUACGUCACCAGAGGAGAUGUGCGACAUGAUCGACUGGUGCGGCCUUAGCGACCCAUCACCUACUGGCCGCUUCUGGGUGUUUGACCCCAUCGAUGGAACAAAGACCUUUGUGCGGGGUGAGCUCUACGCCAUCAACGUCUGCCUGAUGGAAGAAGGGAAGCAGAGCGUCGGCAUUGUCGGUCUGCCGCUACUCUCGGCCGACGCGAAGGCGCCCAUCAACAACGACUCCAUCGACCCCACCGGUACCGGCAGCAUCAUGUUCGCAGUCCGAGGGCACGGAACCUUCAUCCGGCCGCUUCCUGGCCCGAUCGACCUCGAGCCCACAAAGAUUCCCCGCCACGCCGACGUGGAUACGCAAUCCCUGGUGUCAGUGACAUGCAUUGAAGGCUCCGAAUCUGGGGCUCCGGGUAUCCACCAAAAAGUCGCCGAACGCCUUGGUGUAGCAUAUCCGGGCAACGAUCUGCUCGGCUGGGUUUUGCGGUGGACGGUUCUCGGUCUCGGUCAGGCGAAUUGCACGUUCUGGGCCUACAGGCGGCGUGACCGUCUCGCAAAGAUCUGGGACCACGCGGGCGCCAUGCUGCUUUUCGAGGAGGUAGGCGGGAAGGUCACCGACGUCGACGGCAACCCGGUAAAUCUCGUAGCGGGACGGAAGAUGAAGGCAAAUUACGGUUUCAUCGCGGCACCGCCGUCAGUCCACUCAAAGGUCCUCGAGGCAGUGAGAGAGACGCUGAAGGAGGAGGGUCUGCACGAGCUCUUGGGUUAG